AUGGCGAAAAAGUGGCAGAAAAUGGCGGUUCGAAGACGCAAGAGGAUCUCGUACCUAAGAAAUGAAGUGGUUUUGAAAUCUCCAGCGGUAAAUAAGGGCCACUUUGUUGUUUACAGCAUUGAUCGUAAACGAUUUGUGGUUCCUUUAGAGUAUCUUAGCACGAACGUGUUCAGAGAACUCUUUAAAUGGUCCGAAGAAGUGUUUGGGUUGCCGGGGAAUAGACCUAUCAUGUUGCCGUGUGAUAGUGUUUUCUUGAACUAUGCAAUCUCGUUAGUUCAAGAACGGAUUCCUGAAGAUGUGGAGAAAGCUUUGAUCACUUUCAUGAUCUAUGGCGACGCUCAAGAAACCGUAGCUAAUGCAAGUGGAAACCGUGGGCAAAGGUUUCGUCCCCGUGAAGAAGACGAAGGAUUGGGCGCGCAAUUUUCGUUCAAAGGAAUUUGA